AUGGCUCCCGCUGCCAUCUACGACGACAAGGACGUCAGCGUCCCGUUCGUCAGCGCCGCCAAGUCCGGCCGGGCCCUCGAGGACAUUUCCGAUGCCAUCGACGAGGUCAACGUGUUGAAGGACGAACGCACCGCCACAAAGGCAAAGACAAACACAAGCACAACCCAGAAACCUGCCUACAACGAGGAGUCCGUGUUUGACCAGGACAAGGACAAGACCCAGUUCCGCCAGUACGACGACGCCUGCGACCGCGUCAAGGCCUUUUACCGCGAGCAGCACGAGAAGCAGACCGUCGCCUACAACCUCAAGGCACGCGCCCGCUACCACGCCGCCUCGCGGACGCGCGAGGCGAUGACCAUCUGGGAGGCCAUGGAGAAGCUCAACACGCUCAUUGACGCGUCCGACCCGGACACGGAGCUGAGCCAGAUCCAGCACCUGCUGCAGAGCGCCGAGGCCAUCCGCCGCGACGGCAAGCCCCGCUGGAUGCAGCUCACCGGCCUCAUCCACGACCUCGGCAAGCUGCUCUACUUUUACGACGCCGAGGGCCAGUGGGACGUCGUCGGCGACACCUUCCCCGUGGGCUGCGCCUUUGACCGCGAGCGCAUCAUCUACGCGGACUCGUUUGCCGCCAACCCGGACGCCGCCCACCCCGUCUACAGCACCGAGUUUGGCAUCUACUCGCCGGGCUGCGGCCUCGACAACGUCAUGCUCUCGUGGGGCCACGACGAGUACCUGUACCACGUCGUCAAGGAGCAGAGCCUGCUGCCGGCCGAGAGCCUGGCCAUGAUCCGCUACCACUCCUUCUACCCGUGGCACAAGGAGGGCGCGUACCGCCAGCUCAUGUGCGCCAAGGACCACGCCAUGCUGGAGGCGGUCCAGGCGUUCAACCCGUACGACCUCUACAGCAAGAGCGACGACGUGCCGAGCGUCGAGGACCUGAAGCCGUACUACCUGGAGCUGAUUGACGAGUUCUUCCCGCAAAAGGUGAUUCUGUGGUAG